AUGUUGACUACACGCGCGCUUUUCGGCCAAGCCCGAUUGACCCUGUUCACCCGCGCCGGUUGCGGUCUCUGCGACAACGCAAAAGCCACGGUGACCAAAUUGCACAAGCGCCGUCCCUUCGAAUACAUCGAGACCUAUAUCGAUGAGCCUGGGAACAAAAAGUGGAAGGAUGUGUAUGACUUUGACGUGCCCGUGCUACAUGUUCAAUCGGUAGGAGAGGGAUUGCCCAAGGAGGCUGAGCUCUCCGACGCGCGCAAGCUCUUCCACCGGAUGACCGAGCAGGAGGUUGAGAAAUUGGUCGACGAGGCGGAGAAAUGA